CUUGUUUAGAUUUCGAAAGCGAACCCAAAUAGUUAAAAACACAGCUUCGAAUCUAAAUACGUAGUAUCUCUUAAAGCAGCGCUGCCUCUUCAGCUUCUCUAGCCACUCUCGUUUUCUUGAAGUUCUCUAAGAGAGCCGCAAGAAGAGUAAAGUCAGCAACCGUAUCCUCAUUAAACCUUCAGAUGUCGAAGAACCAAUCUCUCGAAGACGAUGAAGCUACACAAAUCCCAGAAGUAAUCAAACGAUUCAAGCGUCUAAGACUCGUCUUCGAGCCCUCACUAGGAGUCUUGGGUUUCUUCUUGGUGGGUCUGUGCCUAGUCUUCAGCUUCUUCUACCUCGACUACACAAACGUAGCUCAAACCAAAAGCCACGACUUCUCGGAUCAGUCUGAUAGAUUCCUCUGGCUGAAAGAGCUCGACGUUGGUGGUUCUGGAGAUAACAACAACAGCAAGAACAACACUAACGGAAACAGAGUUGAGUUUCUUGAUGAGAGUGGGAAUGGUUGUGAUUUGUUUCAUGGGAGAUGGGUUUGGGACGAAGCGUAUCCUUUGUAUCACUCCAAAGAUUGUUCCUUUCUUGAUGAUGGAUUCAGAUGCACUGAGUUUGGGAGACUUGAUGUGUUCUACACUAAGUGGAGAUGGCAACCUACACACUGUGAUUUGCCUAGAUUUGAUGCGAAGUUGAUGCUUGAGAAGCUAAGGAACAAGAGGCUAGUGUUUGUAGGAGACUCGAUUGGAAGAAACCAAUGGGAGUCUCUUCUUUGUAUGCUCUCUUCUGGAGUUGAGAACAAGGGUUUGGUUUAUGAAGUGAACAACAGAACCAUUACUAAGCAUAUGGGCUUCUUUGUGUUCAAGUUUCAUGACUAUAAUUGCACUGUUGAGUACUAUAGAGCGCCGUUUCUGGUUCUUCAAAGCCGUCCACCUAAAGGGUAUCCGGAGAAGGUGAAGACGACUCUUAAGCUAGAGACUAUGGAUUGGUAUGCUGACAAGUGGAGAGACGCGGAUGUGUUGGUGUUUAAUACUGGUCAUUGGUGGAACUUUGAGAAAACUAUUCGAGGAGGUUGUUACUUUCAAGAAGGAGAAAGAGUGAGGAUGAAGAUGAAGAUAGAGCAUGCUUAUAGACGAGCUAUGAAGACCGUUGUGAAAUGGAUACAAGAAGAGGUUGAUACAAACAAGACACAAGUCUUCUUCCGCACAUUUGCUCCCGUGCAUUUCAGGGGUGGAGAUUGGAGAACCGGAGGCACAUGUCAUAUGGAGACGUUACCUGACUUUGGAGCCUCUCUAGUUCCAUCAGAGACAUGGGAACAUCUGAAGCUCCUUGGAGAAGUCUUGUCACCUCUUUACCACUCGAACAUAUCAUCACAGCCGGCGGCGAAACUGAAACUGUUGAACAUAACUGCCAUGGCUGCUCAAAGAAACGAUGGUCAUCCAUCACUGUACUACUUGGGGUCGGCUAGUCCUGCACCGGUCCACAGACAAGACUGUAGCCAUUGGUGUCUCCCUGGUGUUCCUGAUGCGUGGAAUGAGAUUCUCUAUGCGUUGUUUCUUAAGCGUGAAGGGUAUUCAAGAUCAAACAGUGGCGCUUCAGACACCUUUACAUAAACAUCUUGCUCUUGCUCUUACUCUGUAUAGGCUUUUGUUCAGAGCCUGACCUUCAAAACACUGAGGAUUUUGAUGGGAUGAUUAGGUUAUAAUUGGGUGGGGGAUAUAUGUAGUUACUGAAUAGGUUAAACCAUCCUUUGGUUGUAAAGAUACUUCUCAUUACCUUUAAAGAUUUGAGUGACAGAUUAUUCAUAAUACAAAAAUAAC